CACCCCACAGGGGCGGGCGGAGCUGUGCGCUGCCUGCAGGGGGCGCCGCCCGGGGCGGUUUGGGUGAGACGCCGACCUAGCGGUGCAUUUCCGCUCCGUGGCCCAGCGCGCUGCGGGAGACCAGCCCGACUGGGUGCAGGAGUAAGAACUGAAUACUUGGUUCAGAUGGAUUUCUUGGUCUCCCUGUGUCCUAUGGAAGGAUUCUGAAGUCCAGAGCUAAGACUUUCAGACUUACUAUUCCACUGACACACAUCUUUGAACAAAACAAACUUACAGCACAAACAGUUACUACCCCUGGGAAGUAUGGAUUCAGGGAAGGAAGACCACAGAGGUAGAAUGCCAUUUUCCCCAUGUCAUGCGGAAGCUGUACACCGUCAACAUGACUUGUCACAGUUGCUGUCCACCUUGUUCUUCUGGCUGAAGUGCCUGUCAAGUUUCUCCACUGAAAAGCUGUUCUCUCUCUUUCAUACUGUACUCUGUAAAAGAAGUCACUGUGGGCAGCAGGCACUUGAGGGAGAGGCUCUGCUUCCCUACUGUGUAGGGACAGGUUGCUUCCUGAAGGAUCUGUGUGUGCUGUUCAAAACACAAUCAGAAAAGCCCCUGCACCCAGAUGGCCCACGUCUUCGUGUACGGCACGCUGAAGCGAGGCCAGCCGAACCACAAGGUCAUGCUGGACUGCUCGCAUGGCUCAGCGGCCUUUCGGGGCCGUGGCUGCACAGCUGAGCCUUUCCCACUGGUGAUCGCAGGGGAGCACAACAUCCCAUGGCUGCUCCACCUGCCAGGUAGGGGCCACUGCGUGUCAGGUGAGAUCUACACAGUGGACGAGCAGAUGCUUCGCUUCCUCGAUGACUUCGAAGGCUGCCCUAACAUGUACCAGCGCAAGGCCCUGCGGGUGCGGGUGCUUGAGUGGGAGGGCGUCACUGGUCCAGGGGAGAGCCUACAGUGCUUCGUGUACAGCACAGCCACCUAUGCCCCUGAGUGGCUGCACCUCCCCUACCAUGACAGCUAUGACUCAGAGGGCCCACAUGGGCUGCGCUACAACCCCCGGGAAAACAGGUGAGGAGGCUGUGGAACCAGCAGAUGUCGGCAAGACAGAGGGUGCCCAGCUCAGGCAGAGCUGGCCCAGCUGGACAGAUAUCGGUCUGCAAAAGCCUGUGACACAAAUUUUGCAAGUAAUUUGGACAUCCUAGUAUCAAGACUGUACCCUCAAAUCUGAUAUUACUUACUAUUGUUUGCUAUUCAAGGAGUUCCUGGCCUUGAAUAUAUUAGAUAAGAAACACUUUGUUCUCAAGUCCCCUAAAUGGUGUUUCGAGGACUUACCAUCCUUUCUUGGGAUUUUUUUUUUUUUUUGACUUGUUUAGUUCAAACCUGAAGAUCAUAUCUUCAGUGACUAAAGAUUGGGGUGUGGUUCGGUUUUGGGGGCUGAGUAGAGUCCUAGCACCUAGAAAAUUGGCAGUGAAAGCUGAUUUGAGAUGGCUCAAUAUAAACUCUUCAAGAAAACAUGCUGUACCUUAGACUAUGUACCCCUUGCUCCUUGCCAUUUUCAGAUCAUAGACUAUUAAAAUGUUCAUUUAUAAGUGUGGUGUUGUUGUGUUUGGUCUU